AUAAUGAUACAACAUGACCAAGUCCACAAGUUUAACAACAACAAGAAGCAAACACAACUUCCCUCCCAAAAUCUCUCCGUUCUGUUUUGUCAAAUCUCUCUCCCCACAAAAACCUCAUCUUUAAGUUUUUUUCUUUCUCAUGGCUUGUCCUCUUCCUCUUCUUCAACAACAAUUCUACUCUCUCCACUCUGAAAAACCCAAUCUUUAAUGGAGAUCCAACGACCAAUCAUCAAGCUCAUGGUUCUCCACUCAAACCACGACAAAAGCGACAACAGCCUUUCCCGACGAGAGUCUCUCCCCGGCAAAUCCAAAUGGAGAAUCUCUCUAUCCCGAUCUCCAUCCUCCUCUUCUUCCUCAAAAUCCAACAGCAGUUCACCCUCAAAAACAGAGAUUCCGACAGAGUUCCUCUGUCCGAUCUCCGCCUCCUUAAUGGCCGACCCAGUCAUCGUCUCCUCCGGUCACUCCUACGAGCGAGCCUGCGUCAUCGCCUCCAAAACCCUAGGCUUCACUCCAACCCCUCCGCCGGACUUCUCCACCGUCAUACCUAACCUCGCCUUGAAAUCCGCGAUUCUAAGCUGGUGCGACCGCCGGAGUUUCCCUCCGCCGAAGCCGCUCGAUCAAACCGCCGCGGAGAAGCUCGUCCUCUCGCUGAUGGAGAAAACCCACAGGCCGAGCAGGAAGGUCUCGGUAUCGGAGAAGGAGCUAAUCCAAGCGAUUAAAGACAAACCUUCGGUGAGACUCGACCACGCCGCGACGGAGCUUGACCGGAGACCUAACCACUACUUCAACUCUAGCUCCGACGAGUCGGUCGCCUCCUCGAGCCGUACGCUGCAGCUAGCCACUCGUCCUAGCUGCUUCUCAUCUCCUUCUUCCGCGGAAAUCGAAUCUUUAGAACCAAACCCUAGCCCCGAGGAAGAAGCUUUGCUCGUGAAGCUGAAGAGCAACCGUAUCUCGGAGAUCGAAGAGGCUUUGAUCUCUAUCAGACGCGUCACGAGGCUCGACGAAGGUUCUAGAAUCAGUCUCUGUACAGCGAGGCUGAUCUCUUCUCUCAAGUCGCUUAUAGUUUCUAGAUACGCGACUGUUCAAGUGAACGCAACUGCUGUUUUAGUGAAUCUCUCUUUGGUGAAAUCUAACAAAGUGAAGAUCGUACGGUCAGGAAUCGUUCCGCCGUUGAUCGACGUUUUAAAAUGCGGUUCGUCGGAGGCGCAGGAGCACUCCGCCGGAGCGAUUUUUAGUUUGGCUCUGGAAGACGAGAACAAGACGGCGAUUGGAGUUCUCGGAGCGUUGGAGCCGUUGCUCCAUCUGGUCCGAGUCGGGACUGAGUUGACUCGGCAUGACUCGGCGCUUGCUUUGUACCAUCUGUCGCUAGUGCAGAGCAACCGAGGGAAGCUCGUGAAGCUCGGAGCUGUUCAGGUGCUUCUGAACAUGGCGAGGUUAGGACAGACGAUGAAUAGGGUUCUGUUGAUUUUAUGUAACAUGGCUUCGUGUCCGGUGAGUCGACCCGCUUUGCUUGACUCGGGGGCGGUGGAGUGUAUGGUUGGGAUACUGAGAGGGCCGAGAGAGGUUACCGAGUCGACUCGGGAGAGCUGUGUUGCGGUUUUGUAUGGACUGAGUCACGACGGGGGGUUGAGGUUUAAAGGUUUGGCUUUGGCGGCGAACGCGGUGGAGGAGCUGACGAAGGUGGAGAGGAGUGGGAGGGAGAGAGCGAAGCAGAAGGCGAAGAGGGUUUUGGAAGUGAUGAGGGCUAAAAUGGAAGAUGAUUCUUCGCCGGAGAACGAGGAGAUUGAUUGGGAAGAGCUGUUGAACUCCGGUAGUGUAACUCGGAGCCAGCAUCGACUCGGUGGCGACGGUGAGAAGUCAUGUGUUAACUCGUCCGAGUUUUGACGUGUCUUUUUAACUCGUAAUUUCUUUGCUUUUUUAAUUUUAAUUUUAAUUUAAUUGUGGAUUUUUAAGCUUUUUCUUUUUCCACUUUUUUAUAAGUUCUAAAUAAUAGGUUUGAGGUUGUAAUUAGUUGGAGAUGAGAUUUUUAUUUUGUGAGAUUUUAUGGCUGGGGUGGAAUAUUCUUGUAUUUUCUGGCAAUUUGAUUGGGUGGCUUCUUUUUAAAAAAUCCCAUCCUUGUUUU